AUGAGUCACUGCGCUUGCAUGCACCCUGCUCCGCGCUGCAAACAUAAAGAGCAGUGCCACAUCCUUUUUCUACUUGUGCCGACAGCCGCUGAACGACAAGAACAGAGCCGACCCGGGAAACUUGGGCAGAAGCCUCGAUCUUAUGUAUUAAUCCGUGAAUCCGGGAUUCCGCGAAACUGUAGAAAACAAAUACGCCAAAAUAACCCCGAGAAACCAGAUUCCGAGGCUAUGGAGGCGCUGCUACGGCCGAGAAGCCUGAUCCCCUCGAGGUUGGCCCAAAAUUCGGGACGCUUGCCGGUCCGGCAUCAAGACGAGCUCCGAUUGGUCAACAAUCUAGACCCAACAGCCAAUCAUGACCCAGUAUUGGCCAGAUGCCGGUUGCCAAUGGCGCUUCAGAACGCGUCAGAACUUCCAGAAAGUUAUAGCCGCUUACGCUAUAUAUACGAAGCGCUGUACAACUGUUGCCGAUUUUGUUUUGGGCAACUAUUGCUGCAGCAACAAAAACAGUUUGAAGAAGCACAACUGAAGCUCAUUGAAUCACUGACUCAGAAACUGCAUAUCCAAACAGCAGCAGUCAGUACUGGUGAGUCUUCUGUUUCCUCAACUGAUGCAGCCGCGGCCUCAACUUCGUCAACAAACUUCAAGGGGGAGGUGUUAGGCGGGAAUCCACGCGGGUCCCACUAUACCGUACGUCUUUGGGCGCUGCUACGGCCGAGAAGCCUGAUCCGCUCGAGGUUGGCCCAAAAUUCGGGACGCUUGCCGGUCCGGCAUCAAGACGAGCUCCGAUUGGUCAACAAUCUAGACCCAACAGCCAAUCAUGACCCAGUAUUGGCCAGAUGCCGGUUGCCAAUGGCGCUUCAGAACGCGUCAGAACUUCCAGAAAGUUAUAGCCGCUUACGCUAUAUAUACGAAGCGCUGUACAACUGUUGCUGA